AUGCAGCCCUCCUUCUCCUCGGAGGGGAACUCCACGGAGCCGAGCUGGUGGACGAACGGCUCCGAGGCGAACUCCACGCGGGGGGUCGGCGACUACGACCGGGGGAGGCGACGCUGGCAGGCGGCCGGGGAGGAGGAGCAGCGGGAGGGGGGCGAGCGGCUCCCCUUUCUCACCGACGCCUGGCUGGUGCCCCUCUUCUUCUCGCUCAUCAUGCUGGUGGGCCUGGUGGGCAACUCUCUGGUCAUCUACGUCAUCUCCAAGCACAGGCAGAUGAGGACGGCCACCAACUUUUACAUCGCAAACCUGGCCGCCACCGACAUCAUCUUCCUGGUGUGCUGCGUCCCCUUCACGGCCACCCUCUACCCUUUGCCCGGCUGGAUCUUCGGCAACUUCAUGUGCAAAUUCGUCGCCUUCCUCCAGCAGGUGACCGUCCAAGCAACCUGCAUCACUCUGACGGCAAUGAGUGGUGACCGCUGUUACAUCACGGUCUACCCCCUGAAGUCCCUCCGCCACCGCACGCCCAGGAUGGCCAUGAUCGUCAGCGUCUGCAUUUGGAUCGGGUCUCUCAUCUUGUCCACACCGAUCCUCAUGUACCAGCGCAUCGAGGAGGGGUACUGGUAUGGUCCGAGGCAGUACUGCGUGGAGAGGUUCCCGUCUAAGACUCACGAGAGGGCCUUCAUCCUCUACCAGUUCAUCGCCGCCUACCUGCUGCCCGUCUUCACGAUUUCCUUCUGUUAUAGUCUGAUGGUGAAGAGGGUUGGCCAACCUACCGUGGAGCCGGGAGACAACAACUACCAGGUCAACCUCCUGUCUGAGAGAACCAUCAGCAUCAGAAGCAAAGUCUCCAAGAUGGUGGUGGUGAUCGUCCUGCUCUUUGCCCUGUGCUGGGGUCCCAUCCAGAUCUUUGUCCUCUUCCAGUCUUUCUACCCCGACUUCCGGGCCACUUACGCCACGUACAAGAUCAAGACGUGGGCCAACUGCAUGUCCUACGCCAACUCCUCCGUCAACCCCAUCGUUUACGGCUUUAUGGGCGCCAGCUUUCAGAAGUCCUUCCGGAAGACCUUCCCUUUCCUGUACAGGCACAAGGUCAGGGACAGCAGCAUGGCCUCCAGGACGGCCAACGCUGAGAUCAAAUUUGUGGCGGCGGAGGAAGGCAACAACAAUGAUGUGAACUGAGGGAAUGCCACAAGACAGAGUUAACUAAAAAAAACGGAUUCUUUCCGUGUUAUUAAUCCAAACGACACCAGGAUCAUGUGCACAAUGGUUUCCCUGCCAAAGUCUGGAACUCCAUUUCGCAACCCUGCAUUAUUUCACAGUUGACUUCUUGGAUUUAAGACCUUAAAUUGACUGAAUUCUUGAUUGCUCACAAGUUGGACAAUCGUGUCAAAUUCAAGAAUUUCCCCCCUUCUGUUAAAGGUGUUCUCAAAUCAUUGGACCUCUCUGGAAGAUUAUCCUCUGCCAUGGGGGUGUGUUAAAAAUGUUUCAUUCCCAACGAUCAAAAGGACAAGAUUGGAACUGGAACGUACGCACUUAUCAGAUAAGGGCCAGCGCUUGACAGACAUCUGGUUUUGGGGAAAGAGACGGGGAAUUGUCGGUUGACAUCGUUCUAUGUGUGAAUGCUGCAUCUGUUAUCUCACGUACGCCGCACGAGAAAAACACGUGGCGAUUUUUGACCUUCAAAACCGGUAGCCGGUGUGUGACUGAGUCCGAAGACAAAGUGACGCUUUCAAUCUGCUCUUCAAGGGUCGAAUGGCUCCAAAAAAAAAAAAAAAGCAUCAUAAUCACAAACCGUUUCCCACCUCUUUGCUGUAGCAGCCAGUUCGGUCUCCGUCUGGAUGGAGUGUCAAGAACCACAGACCAAACCUUUUCAGAAAAUAACGCCACUUUUCUUUCAAGGGAGCAAAGAGUUGGGACUCCUUCGCAAGUGUGAAUUUACACAACUCUCGUACUCGGUGAGCAAGCCAUUCUGAAUCUCCGCCCUACUAUUACCUUACUUUGGUUUUUUUUCUACUCCUGCCUUGGCAGCUAACCCGGGCUACGACCCACCAUUUUCUUUCCUGACAAGUGGGCGGAACCACUUUCACGCCUCAGUCAAAAGAUCGGCAGACCGACUGCGCGUUGCCGGGGAUGCGCAUGAACGCGUCGUACGGUGUAACUUCGGUGGUAGCGGUCGCUAGCAUAGCCAACACUGGCGGGAAAAAAAAAUAAUCGCAAGGUGACGUCAGUUUAUAACUCAGUCCCGCCCUCUUCUAUCCAUUGUUGUAUUCUGCGGCAUUUUCUAUUUUCCGACUGUACCAUCGGGGGUCAUCUCGGGUACCUUAUCUGAAAAUCUUGCCUACACACACACACACGUUUUCCGCGUCAUACAAUAGGGGUAAUAAAAGCUUUAUGAUUCUGCAAAGCUAUUCCUUGAAGAACAUUCCAUUAUUUCCUGUGGGUAUUACACAUUAUACAUGUACAGCGGCGAGCCCGCAGUUUGUCCUUCAAGGGAUUGCGCUUUUCUUUCCUUUGACCCGACGGGUCGCAGUAAAUCGAUGAAUUCUGCUUUGCAACAAAAACAAACAAACAAAAAAAAAAAAACACAAAUCUAAACCUAUUAUUAAAAAAAAAAGUGGUUGUUUGUCAUA